CCUACUUUAAUCAAUCACCUGCCAACCCUUUCUUUACAAACCAUGAAGCUAAAAAACAAAGGUAAAGUAUACCCUUCUUCUUCCUCCUCCGGCGAAGACCAUCUUUCAGUUUUGAACCUUCUUCCCGCCACCAUUUUAACCCUUCUUCAUGUUCUUUCUCUCGACGAGCGAGAAACUUUAGCUUACAUGAUUACAAGGUCCCUCAAAACAACCACCACCAAUAACAACCAUUCGUCUUCCAAGAAACGGCCACCGCCAACCACCGAGGCGAAGUCCGCCCACAAGCAGCCCGUUUUCGACUGCGAUUGCUUCGACUGUUACACCAGUUACUGGUUCCGGUGGGACUCUUCUCCCAAGCGCGAGCUUAUCCAUCAAGCUAUCGAAUCUUUCGAGGCACAUUUAACCAACGGGGGAUCCCCGAGGCCUUCCAAGAAGAAUGCGCGGCUCAAGAGAAGGGAUGCCAACAGCGGGACGGUCACUCGGAUCCUCGAUAGCCCGGUCGUUGCUCUUCCGGGUCGGUCCGAACAAGAAGUUCCUGACUCGAAGGGUUCUGCCGAUGAAGCGCCGGCGAUGAUCACUGAUGACGUCAUUUCUACGGAUAAGAAUGUUGAAGAAGAGUCGGCUGAAGCGGUGGAAAUGACCGAAGAUUUUCCGGUGGCGGAAGAAGCUGAGCGGCCACAAGGGUCUGGUGAGGAAGGUGUUACCGGACAUAGUAGGAUUAUUCAAUUCUCGUUUAUGGGGCCUUUUGAAUCCAAAUGUGUAAUUUUGUGAGAAUAUUUCGAGACCUUAAAAAUGAGGAAAAAUAUUAUUAAUAUUUGGGUGGGAA